AUGUCCCCUUCCAUUCACGCAAAGCUAUUAGCGACCAACUCAGCAGCGAUCGAUCAUGUCGAAGUCUCGAAAGCCGCAGCCACUGGAUGGGAGAAUGCUCGUCUAACCACGGAAGAGGAGCAUCGCUUGACAGCCCUCGACGCUAUCCGCAAGCACUACAAGGCCUGUCUUUGGUCGAUGGUAAUCUCAUUGACUAUUGUCAUGGAUGGCUAUGAUGGAGCAUUGUUGGGCUCCCUCGUGGCGUUCCCAUCCUUCAAGAGUCAUUUUGGCCACUUCGUGAACGCAAAAUCCGGGUAUCAGAUUGCUGCUCACUGGCAACUCGCACUGGGCUGUUCUAGUUCUGUCGGAAAUAUUGUCGGCAUCUAUCUCGGGGCUAUUACGACCGAUCGCUUGGGAUAUAAGCGAUCGUUGUUGGUGUGGUUGACUUGGCUAACGGGUUGCAUCUUUAUCUCUUUCUUCGCUACACAUAUCUCUGUCGUCUUUACUGGUGAACUGCUCUGUGGUAUGUCUUGGGGUGCAUUUGCUACCAUGGCCCCUCCGUAUGCCGCCGAGGUCUGUCCCGUCGUAUUGCGCGGUUUGCUUGAAAUCUGGAUCGUCAUCUGCUGGGGUAUCGGACAACUGCUCUCCUAUUCCGUCCUCCUCACGCUCAACACGGACACCUCGAACUGGGCAUGGCGCAUCCCUUUCGCUGUACAAUGGGUUUGGCCUGUGAUUAUCUUCCCUCUCGUUAUAUUUGCACCUGAAUCGCCUUGGUGGCUUGUUCGUAAGGGCAAAAUUGAAGCCGCCGAGAAGGUGGUCAAACGUCUGGGAAGUGCAGAUAUCACUGAUGAAAUGGUCCAUCGUACCGUGGCAACGAUGGUUGAGACAAAUAACCUUGAAAAGAGUGUGCACGAAGGUGCAGGCUAUCUGGAUUGUUUCCAAGGUCGUAAUCUAUGGAGAACCGAGAUUUCUUGCGUCGCUUGGGCAGCUCAAUUGUGGUGUGGAUUCGUCAUUUCUGCCUAUUCUACCUACUUCUUCGAGUUGGCUGGCCUCGCAGCUACGAACGCAUACAAGAUGAGUGUGGGCCAAGGCGGUCUUCAUAUCCUCUUCAACAUCAUCGCGAUUCCUAUCGUGGCGAAAGUAGGCCGCCGCCGACUUUAUCUCGCGGGAUUCUUAUGGAUGGGCCUCAUAUUAUUAUUGAUUGGCUUUGUUGCACUGAGUCCACCACAUACCGCCGUGGGCUACGCGCAAUCCACACUAUAUCUGCUCUGGUUCUGCGGUUAUCAGUUGACCGUCGGACCAGUGGCGUACAUUCUUGUCAGUGAAGUCUCCUCUACACGUCUGCGGAGCAAGACCGUCGCGCUGUCUCGGAACGCAUACAAUCUAUCUCUUUUGGUCAACUAUUUUGCUGGUCCGUAUAUACUCAACCCAACAGAGGGUAACUGGAAGGGCAAGACGGGCUUCCUCACCGGUGGUAUCAAUAUCAUCCUCUUCAUUUGGACGUACUUCCGGCUCCCGGAAACUCAGGGUCGCACUUUUGUAGAGCUGGAUAUUCUCUUUGAGAAGAAGGAACUGGGAACUAAGGAUUUCAAGUCCUAUGUAGUGGACUUUACGGAGCUCAGUGAGAGGAAAAUACCUGCUACUGAACACGAAGCUUGA